AUGUCCCUAGACAGCGUUCGUUCGGGCGUGGAACGCGACAAACGCAAUGAAUUGCUCAACAUCGAGACAUCGCGGAAGAGGAAGCUUCGGGAGCUCUACGCCGUCACUUCGUGCAUAAACGCGAGCAACCCUCCCACCUUUACUUUUGCAGACCCUCCCGCGGAUGCGCGCGAGCUGCAAUUCCUUGACGAGAAUGACAUUUCCAAAGCACGGUACUUUAGGGAAGACACUCUUCCCGUUUUUGCGCCCGCGAAGCAACCCAAGAAACCUUCUCCUGCUCAGACUCCAGCACUUGCGUCCAUACCCAAGUCUUCCGCGCCUGUUGAACCCGCAGCGCAUCAUGCAGACGGCCUCGAAAAUCAACUUGUCGCAGCCACUUCGCCGGCUCGUGCGGCGCCACCUACUCCUCAGGGCGUGGAGAAGCUACCCGCUCCUGCCCUUGCCUUGCCUCAGCCUACGGCAGAUGACGGUGUGAAGCCUGACGUUACGUCCCGUUCCUCGGAGGACAAGAAAGCGUCUAAGCCUUCCGCUGAGACGGUGCAGCCUGCCCCCCCAGCUCCGAAAUCGCUGCAGCCACCCGCAAUCACCCCGGCAGCUCUGCCCCAUCCAGGGCCGCUAUCCGCGAAAGCGAGACGUAGAUCGUCUGCUCUGGCUGACGGCUCUACUAUUCUGCCAGAUCCUCAAACGAUUGAUCGCCCCGCUAGGAAGCCCAGGACCAUCCAUCUGCCACCGAAGGAGGUGCAAGAGCAACGUCUUCGUGAAAUUCACACAGCACAAGAGCGCGCCGCGCAGCGGGAAAGGAGAGAGGAAGAACAGCAUGCUGCAGGUGUUGCUAGCGAAGCAGUCAAUGGCGAAGUUGCCUCGUCGCCAUCAUCAACGCUUGGACCGCAUUCCGCAAAUACCUCGAGGGCAGAUCAGCAUUCCCCCGCCACGAGCCCCGAUGAAGAGACGCCCCGGCACAAUGGAACUUUUCCGAGUACGCAACCGUCGGGCACCGACAAGAACGGGCCUACGGCAAUGACGCCGCCCGACGCUACGCCCGACGCUCAAUUGCACUUCGAAGAGUCGGUAAGGCAGGUUCGGGAUUCGGCUAUGAAGGAUCCAGAGUCCGGCACGCCCAAGCCAAAGGCAGCCGAUCUAACUGAACAGGCUUCUCGCAUCGUGCAGAAAUCGGACUUUGCGGCAAAUGGGAUUCCGACGAGCCAAGAUUCUUCAAUGUCUCGAAAUGCCGUCAAUGGCAUCGUUCCGACUACACCGAACGAGGCUUGCAGGGACGCUUCUGACGCAAAGGGCAAAGACAAGACAAAGUCGCGCACACCUAUUAGCGAACCGUCCGCUGUUCAGGAUGUAGUGAUGCAGGAUGGCGAAACGCCAAAGAUUGAUGACGCCAACACAGAUUCGUUCAGGAGCCGCGAUCCCAUGGAUGGGACCUCUCCAGGGCCCAAGGUCGCAACAGCGUCGGAUGCCGUCCCCGAUCCAAAUUCGAUGACAAAAUCUACUUCCACAUCGGAGGGAAUCAGGCCAACUUCUCUCCUUCUCCGAGGCCGGGAAACCGAGUUCCGGAACCGGGAAAAGUCCAAAGCGACUGGUGUCGUGUUCGCAAAGCACGACGGUGCCCUGGCGUUAAGAGGAGGCCAAGAGGUAAACAAGGCAUGGUCCAAAUUGAAGGGAGCUGCCCAGGACCCGGAUAAGGACUAUCUGAUUGGGAUGUUCGACUUUCAGGCGCACUCGGCGCCGAUGUAUUCGUGCCGUGAACUCCUUGACAAGGCCACUAAAACCAUUUCGACUCAAAGCAAGUAUGCCAGCAUUCGGGAACAGCAAGACUACAAGAUUCUCAAGCGUAUCUACACUCUGCAGCACGCCAAUAGAUGGUCCUUGCGGCAGAUGGAAAAGUCCACCGAACCUCCGCGCCAAGCUUCAUUCCACGACAGUUUCCUUGCGCAGAUGAAGUGGAUGCGAACGGAUUUCAGGGAGGAACGUAGAUGGAAAAUGGCUGCUGCCCGGAACAUGGCAGAAUGGUGUGCCGAAUGGGUCGAUGCGUCCCCGGAGAAGCGUCGCUCAUUGCAGGUUAAGGCUACGUGCAAACCGGCAGCACCGCCAGCUCCUGCGGACCCAAUGGACGAGGACAUUCCGUCGCCUCCAGAGCUCGUUCCGUCGGGCGCGAACGAGACGGAAAGCGAAUCUUUUCCUGAUGAUGACGAAUUUCCCAUCAAUCUUCGAUCAUCAAACCCGCCUGCAGCUCUGUUUUCUCUUGGCUAUGAAGAUAUUGUUGCUAAGAUUGACCAUACGCCCAUCAGUGAGAAGGUUCUCCAGGAACUGCCUUCUUACGAGUCCAGGUUGAAGGGGUUCCCGUCUCCCUCCGUUUUGACGCCAAUCUCCAUAGAUCCUGAGAUAAUCCCCGUCUCCCAACUAAUCACCGCGAAGCUCGUCCCCAAGUCUACAGAGCCUCCACGAAAGCGCAGCCGAUACGAAUACGGAGAAGAAGACGAGUCUGUCGGCUACUCUUCGAAGCGACCAACUUCAGAGCGUUCAAACACCUCCACCCCAAGUCUUCGUUUUUCAAGAGUGGGCCUCGCCCCGGAGCAAACGGAUGUGGCUCUGUUCCUUCCCGAGAACAAACACGUCCGUGAUCGCCUACACGCUGGACACUCCUUCCGACCUCCAUCAGAGUUUCCGAUGCCGUCGACACAGUUUUUCGAGGCGCGAAUGCCGUCACAGUGGCUCUGGGACGAGGAUCAACGGUUACGCACGCUAGUCAAGGAGUACCAGUUCAACUGGUCUUUAGUGGCCGCAUCUCUGGAACAGUCUUCUUUGUUCACGUCUGGGGCUGAACGGCGGACACCUUGGGAAUGCUUCGAACGUUGGGUGCAAUUAGAAGGACUGCCUGGCGAGAUGGCCAAGACUCCAUACUUCCGAACGUAUCAAGCACGCCUUGAAGCCGCACAACGGACAGUUACUGCACAGUACCAGGCUGCCCAGCAACAAGCACACCAGCAAGGACAGACUCCAGGACAGAUACUGGGCACACCAAGACGCCGGACCGCUCAACCAAUCCGCGUAGAGAGGCGUAAGGGCAAUAGAUUUUUAGCAUUGAUCGACGCAAUGAGAAAACAGGCGAGGAAGCGGGAGACGGCGCAGCAUAAGCAGCAAGAGGCCGCUAAAGCUGCUGCAUUGAGAAAGGCUCACGAAGCUGCCCCUGUUCGAACCAGCGUCCAUACCCCUCAGGAGUUUAGUAAACUCAAGUACGAGCGCGAGCAGAAAAUGGCAGAAAAGCAGGAGGAGUACCGCCGGCAAAUGAUGGCAGCCCAGAGGCAAGCUAUGGCUAGACCAGGUCAAAUGCCUGGCCAUCCUGGAAUGCCUCAGAUCGGCCAACAACGCAAUGGUACUCCGAACGGUGCUCACGGCCAAGUCCCCGGUCAAAACGGCCAGCUCCAUCCUAACAUGGGGAUGCAAGGUCGCCCGCACCCAGGGCAGGGUAUGCAAGGCAACAUGUCGAACGGCAACAUGUCUGGAAUGCCGAUGGGUAUCCCUCAAGCUCAGAUGCAGAUGAACAUGCAAGGUCAACGACCCCCUCACCAAGCACAAGACAUGCGGAUGGCCAUGCAACAACGAAAUCUUACCCAACAGCAGCAGCAAUUCCUUUUGCAGCAGCAGGCUCAGCAAAUGAACCGGGCCAACAGCAUGUCUGGAGGACACAUGACCAGUACGAGCAGCGGCAACAACGGCAACGGCAGCAGCAAUAUGCAGAACCCUUCGAUGCUUGCGGCAAACAUGGGCACCCCCAAAGCCAACGGCCCGAAUGCCGGGAACAUGAAUGGCAUGCAAGGUGCCUCAGCAUCUCCGCGCAUAGCCGCCCCAAACUCCUCAGCACCUCAACAGCCCCAGGCCCUCUCCAGCGGCCACGUCCCGCAGAUCACCAACUUGACCCACGAGAUUCAAUUGCAACACCCAAACUUAUCACAGGCUGAGGCCAGCCGCAUUGCUGGAGACCGAAUGAACCAGAAGCUACAGCAGAAUGCUCGUCAAAAUGCGCUGAAUGCCGCAUCAGGUGCCGCCUCGAGCAGUGGGAACAAUGGGGCGCAAGUGUCGCCAAGUCCGUAUCAACAGCACGCUACCCUCGCCAACCCGGGUGGCAGCUCAAGCCCUCCAAACCACAACCCACAGCAGCAGGCAGCGUAUCAGCAGCAAAUGCGGCAGCAUAUGAUGCAGCAGCAGCAGCAGGCACGCACACCUUCAGCCCAGCAGGGUAGUCCCAAUCUAGGGUCUGUCCGUCCGGAGAGCCGCAGUGCGACGCCUCAGCAGAACGCGCAGCAGUUGCAGCCUGGUCAGCAUGGUAGCCCGAGCAACCGGGCUGGUUCUGCUGGCCAACAGACACCACAGCAAGGUCAGCACCAGCACUCGCAGCAGGCCCAGCAACAGGGGCAGGCCGGCGGCCGUUAG